GUAUUUCAGCGUUACCCACCUUAUGCUAUGCUAGUUUCGCAGUAGUUACUGGUGGAGCAGUGUACAAAUAUAUAGAGUGUUUUGCGCACGAAAAGACCCUUUAAAAGUGCAUUUGCUGUCAUAAGAUCGCUUUUAGUUAUACGCAGUUCCUUAGGAGAGGUUCCCCGCUCUGACCUUUAUGUGAGGAUCUAGCCGCAGGGGAACGGGUCACAGACGGGAGGAGAGACUCGGAGCGACCGAUCGCAGGAUCCUGAUAUCUGAGCUUUUAUUCGGAGUCUUUGUAUCCAUUCCCUGACGAUAGGGAAUAACCACCGGGAACUGAGGCAAACACGGUCAACUAUCUGCAACACCAGGCUGUUCUCAACGUUGAAUCCACCAAACAAUGGAAGCGAUUGCUAAGUACGAUUUCAAAGCAACUGCUGACGACGAGUUAAGUUUCAAACGGGGGGAAAUCCUGAAGGUAUUAAAUGAAGAAUGCGACCAGAAUUGGUACAAGGCGGAGCUGAGCGGCAAAGAUGGCUUCAUCCCCAAGAACUACAUUGAGAUGAAGGCACAUCCGUGGUUCUUUGGCAAGAUCCCUCGGGCUCGGGCGGAGGAGAUGCUUAACAAACAGAGACAUGACGGGGCCUUCCUCAUCCGAGAGAGCGAGAGUGCGCCAGGAGACUUCUCCCUUUCCGUCAAGUUUGGAAAUGAUGUGCAACACUUCAAAGUGUUGCGUGACGGGGCAGGGAAGUACUUCCUGUGGGUGGUGAAGUUUAACUCUCUGAAUGAGCUGGUGGACUACCACCGCUCCACCUCAGUAUCACGGAGCCAGCAGAUCUUCUUACGGGACAUCGAGCAGGUCCCCCAGCAUCCAUCGUAUGUACAGGCACUUUUCGACUUUGACCCUCAGGAGGAGGGCGAACUCGGAUUCCGUCGUGGCGACUUCAUCCAGGUGCUUGACAACUCCGACCCCAACUGGUGGAAAGGCGCCUGCCACGGUCAGACGGGCAUGUUCCCCCGCAACUACGUCACGCCUGUGAACCGGAACAUGUAAAUAACACACAAAACAACAACAAAAAACGAUCCCACCCACAGAACCAAACCUGAAUCCUUUUUUGUCCCUGGGCCCCCAUCUCCACACACCAUCACACACACACACACACAUUCACGUGGACACACACACUAACUGCAUAUACACACACCUGCACAUCCGGAGAGAAGAAAUGGGCAGAAGAACAUAAAUCUUAGAUGGAAAGAAAGAAUGAAGAAUGACAAAAAUGAGGAGUGGAGAAGACCAAGGCGUAUCCUCUCCAGAGAAAAGCAAAAUGAACACACACACACACAAAAAAACAGCAACUUAAAAUAAUUCCUGAGAAUUUUUUAUCUUUCUUUCUUUCUUUUCUUUUUCUGACAACUUCCAUGAAAGCUUAGUCAUCACUGCGCCACCUAAACGUCUGUCUUCAGCUGGAGAAGCUUCCAGAAUGUUGGACAAAAAUCAGUUUGAAAGGUGCAUCACAACUGGUGUCCUAUCACAGUGGAAUGCCAAACCUGUGGCUUAGAUUCCCUCCACUGUUUGCCAUCUCCUCAGCUCUGAUUCUUUUCUUUUUUAAAUUUGUAUUAUUUUACCUUAUUUCUUUUGCUUUCUCCUUUUCUUCUGGGCUCUCUUCUUUUUCUUACUGCAUGUUGUAAUCACUUUAAUGGAUUACCAAUAAAAUCCUAACGCUGGUUUAAGUUAAAUCACUUCAAAAAUAUAUAUAUUAAAUGUAAAGAUAGAAAAAUUAUAAUUAAGAAAAGCCAACAAAAAUGGAGAGUUCCACCCGUCCUGUGAAUGCAGUAAAGGUGACCAGACACAGGAUCAUGGCUGCAGGAGCGUUGGACAUCAGCUGUGGGCUAUGUGAAGAAAUCACUUAUUGAGAGAAUCCAUUUUUUAAAGAAUAUAUAUUAUAUAUAUUUGUAUGUGUUUUGUCUGUUUCACCUUGCAAUUUUUUUUUUUUUUUUUAAAGAUUCUUUUUUUUCUGUCUAAAGUAUAAAUUAUGUUUGUGGAUGAGAAUCUAGCAGCUCUGGGACGUGCUAUAUCGUCAGUAUCAUUUUUGUGCAUUAUCUGAGAGGGUCAGAUAAAGAAACAAAGAGACAAAAAAAUGGCAUAUUUUAAUCAUCAAUGAUUCCAUUUUUUUAUAAUUCUUCCUGCUUAUAUAUAUAUAUAGAUAUAAUUUUUUUUAAGCUGAGCAAGAGAGUGUUUUUUUAUUUCCAAGACAGAAACAGGUGAGAACGAAUUAGGAUGAUGUUGGGAGCAUUCUAUAGUUGGUCAUUUUAAUGGGAAACCGGACCAGUGGCCAGAUGGUUUUUUUUUUUUUUUUUUAAUGCCAACCUAUUUAUUGCAGCCAUCGUCUUCUCGUUGCCGAGAAUGUAGCCGCCUGUCGGCAGACAUCGUCAUGAGGGAAGCACGGUCAGAGGGCUUUAAAAAAAAAAAACCAAUUGCCUCACACAAGCAUAAACCCAGUUGAGGUGUAACCUGUUUUUGUAUUAAACAGUA